AGAAGGACGGCAGAGGCGAAGGAACACAGCUCUGUCAGCUGGUAAAAAGAAAAGAAGCUGCAGUGUUAUACUAAAACGAUGAAACCAUCGGAUAAGCCUACUCCAAGGAACUAGUUUCUUGUCUAGUUUUAUUUUUUUAUUGAAUUAAAUGACGUAGCUACUAUUCUUCUGAUCAAAUUUAUGAUUAGCGACUGCCAGUGAAAGAGGGCUGUGUCAUUGAGAAGGCAGGACACGUCAGGAGAGAGAAAACGCUGGGAAGCUACAAAUUCUAUUAACAUUACAGCUAACUCCUCUUACACAGCUAGGUCGCUAGCUACUAAAACCAUAAAAUCAUAUCAUCCAUAUCGGCCUCGUCGUUGAUAAGUGUGGUCAAGCUGGAACAGAUAUCGUCAACCAACGCUUGGAUCAAGGGUAACGUUAGCCCCUAAAAGGACCUAAAGGCGACGGGAUCGAAUAUUGCGUGGGGGAUAAGAGAACUGCACCAGAUAAAUGGGGGAUUACGGGUUUGGAGUCCUAGUGCAAAACAACACUGGUAACAAGUCUGCUUUCCCAGUAAGAAUACACCCACAUCUCCAGCCUCCUCAUCACCACCAAAACACCUCUCCAAGCCCUGCCACCUUCACGAGCAGUAACACUGCAGGGAAUGGCAACAGUAGUGGUUCCCCCUGGCUGUUCCCCACCACCAAUGCCCACAGCAGCAUGCAAGAUGAAAUGCUUGGCUCUGAGAAGGCCAAAGUGCAGCAACAGGAAAUUCAAGAAACACAAGAGAAGCAGCAACAGCAGCAGUCGCAGUUGUCCCCAGCCCCCCAAGAAAGCGGGAUCAUAUCAGAAAUGGACAAGGCUCGAUCUGAGGAGGGCAAGGGUGAAGGUAGCCCCUCGGAUGUUAGCAAUGGCAAGGAGAAGCUGCGUCUCGAAUCUCCUGUGCUGACGGCCUUUGACUACCAAGAGGCUCCAGGAUUAGGCACGGCUGCCCAGUCCAGUUCUUCCUCCUCCUCCCUGACCAGCUUCAACAACUGGUCCGCUGCUAUUCCCCAGACCCCAGCUUCCACCAUCAUCAACGAGGACAUCAGCUUCUUCAACCCGGCUGCCUCAGCCAACAGCGGGCCGCUGCUGUUCCAGAACUUCUCACACCACGUGAGCCCGGGCUUCGGGGGCAACUUCUCGCCCCAGAUCGGCCCCAUCUCGCAGCACCACCCUCCGCACCCCCACUUCCAGCACCCGCAUAGCCAGGCGCACCCCCAGCAGCACCGCCGCUCCCCGGCCAGUCCGCACCCGCCGCCGCCCUUCCCCCACCGGAGCGCGGCGGCCGCCUUUAGCCAGCUGCCGCAUCUGUCUAACAACCUGAGCAAGCCCCCGUCUCCAUGGGGCAGCUACCAGAGCCCCUCACCCUCGCCCUCCUCCACGUCCUGGAGUCCCGGCGGGGGUUACGGGGGCUGGGGGGGCUCCCAGACCCGGGACUACCGCAGGGGCCUGAACGGCGGCGUGCCUCCCCUCAACUCCAUCUCACCUCUGAAGAAGACGUUUCCCAACAACCACGUCGUGCCCUCGCAGAAGUACUCCCGUGCCAGCCCUGGCUUCAAUCCAAAGUCCUGGAUCGACGAGAGCGUAAGCCGGAGCGAGAACAUCUUCCCUUUCCAGGAGCGCACUCGUUCGUUUGAUGGCUUCAACAUGCAUUCGCUGGAGAGCUCCCUCAUCGACAUCAUGAGGGCUGAACAGGACACCCUUAAAGGCCGGCUUGGAUUCACACACCCUGCUGGAGACAGUCCUUUGCCCAUAAAUGCAAGGAAUUAUGGGAGGAGACGAGGCCACUCGUCCCUGUUCCCCAUGGAGGACGGCUUCGGGGAGGACGAGCGCGGGGAGCAGAGCCUGCCUGGCCUGGGCUCCCCCCACUGCUUCCCCCACCAGAACGGGGAGCGCGUGGAGCGCUACUCGCGCAAGGUGUUCGUGGGCGGCCUGCCCCCGGACAUAGAUGAAGAUGAGAUCACAGCAAGUUUCCGUCGCUUCGGGCACCUCUUUGUGGACUGGCCUCAUAAGGCCGAGAGCAAGUCCUACUUUCCUCCCAAAGGUUAUGCCUUCCUGCUGUUCCAGGAUGAGAGCUCUGUUCAGGCCCUGAUUGACGCCUGCAUUGAAGAGGAUGGAAAACUUUACCUCUGCGUGUCCAGCCCCACCAUUAAAGACAAACCAGUUCAGAUCCGGCCCUGGAACCUGAAUGACAGUGACUUCGUCAUGGACGGCUCUCAGCCUCUGGAUCCGCGUAAAACCAUCUUUGUCGGCGGAGUGCCCCGCCCGCUUCGUGCAGUGGAGUUGGCUAUGAUCAUGGACAGGCUGUAUGGCGGCGUGUGCUAUGCGGGAAUUGACACCGACCCCGAGCUCAAGUACCCCAAAGGAGCAGGGCGGGUCGCCUUCUCUAAUCAGCAGAGCUACAUAGCGGCUAUCAGCGCUCGCUUUGUGCAGCUGCAGCAUGGGGAGAUCGAUAAACGGGUGGAAGUGAAGCCAUACGUGCUGGACGACCAGCUGUGUGACGAGUGCCAGGGCACGCGCUGCGGAGGCAAGUUUGCGCCCUUCUUCUGCGCCAACGUCACCUGCCUCCAGUACUACUGCGAGUACUGCUGGGCGGCCAUCCACUCACGCGCCGGCCGAGAGUUCCACAAGCCCCUGGUCAAGGAGGGCGGAGACCGGCCUCGCCACAUCUCCUUCCGCUGGAACUAGAAGGCAGGCGAGAAAAGAUGCUAAAAAGAUAAUAGCCCGAUGUGGAGAAGAGAGUGAGUGAAGGAGGGAGAAAAGGUGUGAGAGAGGGGUGAAGAAGAAAGAAAGAAAGAGAGAGAGAGAGAGAAGCGAGAGAAGGGGGUAGGCAAAAGAAGGAGUCGCAGAAACAUUGUAUAAAUAAAUGCACUUUUCUGUUGCUGGUUCCUUUAGUUUAAUUUAAAGAUUUUAAUUUGUAACUUUAAUAUAUAUUUUAAAAGUCAAACCUUUGAAAAGAGGAAAAAAUGGAUUUUAUUAAGAAUUGAAAGAAAAAUGUAUGUACACAAAAAAAGAACUCAUUUCUCUAUUUUUUCCAUUAGAAUUUAUUUUUCUGGUUUUAGUGCAAAUUGAGUUGUGAAUUUUAUUAUUAUUAUUGUUGUUGUUAUUAUUAAUAUUAUUAUUAUUAUUAUUAUAAAUCCUCCCUAAAGUUUGAUAUUCUUAACCAAUUGGCUCGACCCACUAUGUGUGUGAAAAAUCCAUUUAGACUCGCAGUGUCUCUGCUCCAUCAUGGCUGCGUGAAAGGUGCACUUAGUUCUUUACCUUUGAGUGCAGAUAUGACGUUAGACCCUCAGAUUUAAACCAAAGCGCAAUCACUUUUGGUUUCUGUAGAAAAGGAAAGCAAAGAAAGGAGAGAAAAAAUUUUAGACUUCAGACUUCAGAUUUGCAGAUUCUCUCGAAGAUCAAACGACCCGAACAUUCGCUCAUUGAAAGGCCGCGCUGAUUUCGUUCUCUGCUACUUGAUGUGAGUGAUUUAUUCCCCCUUCCCCUCUCCCCUUCCCCCCCGCAGGUGUUUUUGGGGUGCGCUUUGACCUCCAUUUUUGACAUGCAAAAACUAAUACCUCAAACCUAGCUGCUAAUGUUAUGAGUAACGUGUAGAGCCCCAGCCGGUCUCUUACUCCUCUCUCUGUCCCCUUCACACGCUACCACCACCGCCGCCGCCAAGGGAAAGGACGUCGGCAAAGGCACUUUGAUUUCCCAAAACACUGCUUUGUCAGUUUCCUGUGAUUUUUUUUUAUUCUAUUAUGAUUUUUUUUUACUUUUAUUAUUUUUAUUUUGUUUCCUCUUUUCUGUCUUGUUUUAAACCCUGCUGGAUCUGGAGACGCUCAAGUGAAGAGAGGAGCAGGGUGAUGCUUUUUGGGGAAUGUACAGUUUAGCCAUGCAGUGAUAUUGGGAUACUUAGAGACCCACUCAUAUAUUUAUAUAGAAAUACCAGGUACACAUAUACCAGGUAUAUCAUACCAUAUAUAUAUAUAUAUAUAUACACACCUGAUUCUUCUUGACAUGAGGGAACAGUUUGUCCGUGUUUGUUUCAGAAUACUUCUUUUUUUCCCUUCUUUCUUUCUUUCUUUCAUUUUAAACCCUGAAGCGCAACUAUACUACCCAGUCCCCUCCUUAUGUGAUGCAAGUCUCGAUCUAAGCAAAGACCCAAACCGAGAACAGAGCAAAGGACAAGUUACAGUGACCGAGAGGAGACAGAAUGCACACCGGAGAGAAGGGUGUGUGUGUUUGGGAGAUGGAGGCAGUCUGGAGACUAACACUUUUGCUGAAGUAGCUCCCUUCUGGGGAUUUAGUCUCUGUCUGUUCACCUCUGUCUCUCCCUCUCAAUCUCUCUUUGUUAAGCAGAGCUACAAAGACCAGACCCCAACCAAAGAGAGCAGUCAAAAAGCCAGGGACACUUUGUAUUUUUUUUCUUCUUUUUUUGUUUCUUCCUUUCCAUCAUUAUCAUCCAUCUGUCCUUUCCUCCUUGCAUACUCUCUGUCUUUCGUCAAGUCUUUCAUUCUGUCAUAAUUUCCCCUAAAACAAUCGCUUAAAAAAUUGUGCGAGAUCCCCACUUUUUUGGUAUCCCUCUCUGCGUGAGAACCUUAAGGAGUCCAGAGAAACCAAAGAUUGGCCUUGAAUUGAUAAAUGGUGCAAGUCAAAAUCCAUGGCAACACUAGUGAAAACAACCAAACCGACCCUGCAGCCUGGCUCAAGGGCCUUACUACCGCCCCCCUCCCCCCUCUUUCCAAAGGUCAAAAUGGAGAGAUGAGUUGCUUAAGUUGUCUUGUGUUGAGGAGUUUGCAAUAGGUGUCUGAUAUUGAACAGGUUUUUCUUUUUUUCAAGUUGGUUUAUUUUGUUUUUGGUUGCAGUAGUAUUUUGGAAAUUACAAACAUAACGAAACAAGAAAAAGGAUAUAUAAUUGGCAUAGAAUCGACAAGCUUACUUUAUCUGAAUCUGCUAGCUUGUAAAUGUCAGGGAGUUAAUGCUGAACUAUAACUUGAUACACUAGUGAGAAACUUAUCCUCGUGUUGGCUGGGUGGUGCUUCUCUGCGCUUAUUCAAAGUCAUCACUAUAACUCGGGGGUGAGGGGUGAACACUUUUAGAAGUUUAAAACACUUUUUGAAGAAUUUGCUGUUGAUGAGAUGAUGAAAAGAUUAUUUUAUACAUGGCCUGCUGAUUUUUGGUACAGUGUUUUCUAGCUAAAUUAUUUUGUCAUGCACAUAGAAACAUUUAUUAUGCACUACUUUUCUAAAUAUUUCUUUUUUCCAACAGUCAUUUUAGGCACAUUUUUCACAAAUGGGAAAACUCCUUUUUGCAAUACCUCAAUUUUUCACAUUGUGAAAGGUAGCUUUUAUACUUUUGUUACUGAGAGAACUGCGUAUAUGGAAAAUUUCAUUUUAAAGAAAAAAAAGUUAAGUGAUUUUAAUAUAUAUAAUUUUAAAUUAUGCUUUUUAUACAUUUCAGUGCUGCGGAAACUAUAAAACAAAGUGUGCACUUGUGUUAAUGCGACUACUGCAGAGGAGGGAUCAAAGUGUAUAGCUUAAGGUCUUGGAUCUUGUACACUAGUUGAACAGGAAAAAAAGUAUAAUAAAUUGGGGAAACAGACAAAAACAGCAUGGCGUGAACACAUCGUCUUUUAGAAAUUGAAUGUCAUUGUUUUGGGUAAAAAUGGCUAACCUAGGUGGUAAAAAAUGGUAACUUAUUUUUUUUCUUGCGUUUCCAUAGCUGGAAUCUAACUAUUAUAAGGAGAAUGCAAAAUUGAUUCAUGUUAAAGCUGACUCUCGUAUCAAAAGAAUGGAUGUUUGGUGUUUAGAUAUUUUAACAUUUGAAAAUAUAUAUUCUUGAACUGCCAACUAGCUCCUAUUGUAAUCCUUAGCAUGCAUGGAAGAAAAAAAAAGAUAAACAAGUACAAUUAACUAUUGAAAUUAAUUGUUGUGGUUGUGCACCAGAUGUUUAAAGUUUAAUUUGUUAAGGACACCCCACUCCCUUUCAUAUGUCGAUCUAUACAUACUGGCCCCUAACAACCCCCCACCCCCCACCCCCUCCUUUCAGGCCUCUGCAGAAUCCUCAAAAAAAUAACAAAGAAAAAAAGUAGCAGUGUUGUAACAUCAAAAAAGAAAUACACUGUUAAAGACCUUAGACUCAUCCCUACUAUCUGUUUUUAAGUACGUAAAUACAUUUCUUUCUUUUUUUUUCUUUUUUCAUUUUUCUUUGUCUUUGCGGAAGGGGAACUUUAAGACUUGAAUGUGGUAGAUGUUGCAAGUUAACUUCGAGUUGUUAUGUGCAAUACUUUUUUUUUUUUUUUACUUUUUCCAGAUAAAGACUCUUUGCAAUGUAAUUCUUUAAUGCCAUUUUUAAUUGCAAACAUUUAAAAAAAGGAUGUUAAUGUUUUUCACAGUCAUUUUCUACUGUUAUUGUAAUCCUUUACAUGCUGGUGUUUGUAAAAAGAAAAAAAAAAGACAAGACUAUUUGUACUAAUAUAAAUAAUUGAAGUUAUUUUUAAAACAUUAAAGGUUUUGUGCUCAUUUGCUUAUAUUGAUUAUUUCAAGCUACUGUGAUUGCAUUGUAAUUAUUAGGUCAAUAAUGUAUUUAGCUGUUUAUUGGUAUAUUUUUAAUUGGAAUGUAUAAUUAAUUUUUAUAAUUUUGAUCAGAUUUUUGUUAUAUUUUUGAGGUGAAGCUUUUAAUAUGUUAAAGUGUCUAGUUUUUACUAAUUGCUAUAUUGUGCUCUACAAUAUAUGGUUCACAUUUUCUGAAGGAGAAUAAAUAUUUAAAUAUUUGUCUGUUAAUGAUGUUACUUAAUGGCAAAAUUUCAAUAGUUUUUGUGUAUGAGAAGGUUGUUGUAUUUAUUAAUAGCAUUUUUUACUUAAGAUAUCACCUUAAUUUUUAUUGUCAUUUCACUUUAUAAGUUCCUAUUUUUGUAUUUUUCUUUCUAAUUAAGUUAUGUAAUAAAAUGUCCAUAUUCUAGGAGUUGGUCUGUAGAAGUGCUAGUGUAACAAAAAGAAAAAUCUAAUGUUAUUUAAUUGUUUGCAGCCAACUAUUUAUAACAAUAUGCAUAAUUUUUAAAUAUUUGUAAUGUGAAAUGUUGAAUGAAUAAAACCUAACUGUGAUGAGA